AUGGCCGCCAAUUCUCAGCCCGCAGGCGGUGGAGCUCCUCCGAAACCUUGGGAGCGUGCAGGGCCAUCAUCGUCUGGUCCAGCACCUUUCAAACCUCCGUCAGCUGGGAGCACCAGUGCUGUGGUUGAAGCAUCUGGUACUGCAAAACCAGGUGAAAUUGUUCCACCUGGCAAUAACAAUGCAGUGGCGAAUACAAACCCCAACCAACGGCCUGUACCAAACAGGCCGUGGCAGCCACAGACAACACAGUAUGGAGCAGGAGGGUAUGGUAUGAGUAAUUCUUAUGGAAUGGGAGGUGGAUACAGUAGCAGUUUGUAUGGAAACAACAUGUACAGAGGGGGAUAUGGUGGUUUAGGCGGUGGCGGAAUGUAUGGCGGUGGCGGAAUGUACGGCGGUGGUGGGAUGUAUGGUGGUAGCGGGAUGUAUGGUGGUUAUGGAAACCAAAUGGGUGGUGGGUAUGGAAUGGAUCCUUAUGGUCAGCAGCAGAAUCCUGACGAUGUUCCUUCUCCUCCUGGCUUCUGGAUUUCUUUCCUCCGUGUGAUGGCAGGUGCUGUGAAUUUCUUUGGACGAGUAGCAAUGCUGAUAGACCAGAAUACUCAGGCAUUCCACAUGUUCAUGAGCGCUCUUCUUCAGCUGUUUGAUCGGUCUGGAAUGUUAUAUGGCGAGCUAGCCAGAUUUGUUCUGAGAAUGCUCGGCUUGAAAACACCAAAAAAGGUCGACGGAACAGCACCUCAGGGGCAACAGAGGCAGCAACAGAACCAGGGUCCUAAAGCUGGCGGAGGAGGAUGGGACAAUGUGUGGGGAGACGAGAACAGCAGCUAA